AUGGUGUCGCAACACGGCAUCCUAUACGCCGUCCAUCUCAUCACCAAUCAGUUCGGCAAUCUUGUCGCUAAAGUCUGUGAAUGUCUACUGCGCAACGGAGCAUUGACACUUCAAGCCAUAGUUCGACGAACCGAGCUCUCUCCGGCUAAAGUCAGGAACUGCUUGCUCGUCUUGAUCCAGCACAACUGCGCGCAGGCUUUCAUCCUUGAAGAGAGCGUAUCUGGGGAGGAUGCUGGAGAACCAGGGAAAGCCCUCACGCAGUAUAUUGCAUUGUUUGUCAACAUACUUCAUCGUGUGAGGUUCUCCAAGUUCAUGGAUGUGGUGUCGAAGGAACUUGGUGGCUCGUGUGGGGAACUAUUCAGAGGUUUGCUAGAACAUGGUAGGCUUACGGUAAAGCAAAUAGUGGAUAGAGCUGGUGCAAAUGCCAAGGAGAGUACCAACACAGUGCAGGAAGACCUUGGUAAACUUGUGAUGGCCCAUUACGUUGAAUGCUGUCCUGCUCCUGAACCUUUAGUUCCACCACCUGAUGCUGAUACAAAGAAGCGUGCCAAAUCUUCAAAGGUAAUGGUGGAGCCAUUAACCCUAGAGCAGCGUGUUAUGGCUGUAGCAAUGCCUUCAGCGAUGAGAAGAUUCUCAUUUGUACCUAACGCAGACCAAGUAGCGGAUGACCAGCAAAAUGUGAAUCAGCCCCCGAGUAAAGAUGUUGGGGAAAAGCGCAAGCUUCAUGAUUUGGAGUCUGAUACGGCACUUGAAGAAGAGGUCGAAUGUAAUUGGCGUGCAAAUUUUGAGGAAUUGCUUCGGCGUCUUCGGCACAAGACCUGUGUCGAUACCAUAAAAGUACGCUUCGAUGAUGCGGCUGCAACUGUUCUGAGUGCAAUGCUUGAGGCAUCUAGAGCUGAAGAGGACAAAGUAAAAACUGCUAACUCAGUGCCGUUAUCGCUGAAUACUAUAUAUGAAGAAGUUGUGAAGAACGAAAAGAAUCACAGUAUGACUUUUGAUCAUGUCAGAACUUGCCUUGAAGAGUUGAGCUGUCCCCCAACCUUUGUAAAAACGGAUGAUGAAUCAUAUAGUAUAGAUUUCACAAAAAUCACUGAAGCAGCUCAGAGUGAAGAGAUUGAGUCCAUUGUUUUGAAAAGAUUUGGAGAGACCGCAUAUAAAAUUUUCCGUUUACUGUUUAGGGCUGGCUGCCUCAUGGAAACAGAUAAGAUUGCUGAUAGGAUAUUUGCGGAGAAGAAGGAGACAUCGAAAACGCUUUUCAAAAUGUGGCAGGAUGGAUACCUGCUCAUGGAGUUGCUGGUCCUCUGCAAACAUCUGAAUAUUCUUCCUCCCGCUAUAAAAUGCUAUUGUAUUUGCAGAAACUGGUUGUGGGCGGUACAAACUGGUCCUAGCUACGGCGGCUCUUCCUACUUACUGUGGAAAGUAAAUAAGCGGCUUCUUCGGGAGACUAUCCUGGAUGAGAUGUUUCAUGCCGCCUUGAAUCUGAACCUACGUUUAGCUCAUGAGAUCGACCAAAAUAAGGAGGUCUUGAAUCUGCCGCCGGAUAAACGCGAGGGGCCUGACAAACAGAAGUUUGAUAGACUGAGAAACGUCAGAUUACUCAUCCAUUCCUCGCUGAUGAAGCUCGACGACGCGAUUAUGCUCUUCCAUGACUUCUAGUUUUAUCCGUUCUUUCAUCAUAGACUGAUUUCGUUACAGUUUUUAGGCCUUUUAACUUAACAUAUUCGAAUCGCAUCUUAUGGUGUCAUUAUCUAGUUGCGGUAUUUGACUAGACUCUCAGCUUGUUCCUUGAUGUUCUCAUGCGAUAAAUUUAGAGCUAUCUUCUUUCAUGGACGGACGGCAAGGGGAGAGUGUUUGGAUUUUUCUAUGUACAAGGGAAGCAGAUGGGAAGGGCCAAGGGGAAGAGACAUCAUUUGGCAAAAAUCAAACCGGGUUUUUUUUUGGUUUCUUGAUUACAUAAACUAAAAUGAAUUAGCAGGUUAGUAGCGUUAAAGAUUGAAGGAAUGAAGGUGGGUAGUUUAGGAGAAGUGAAAACGUGUUACUUUCUUGUUUUUUUUCCCCCGGAGUGGUAUAAUUUGUUAAUGGCGUCAUUAACAUAAAGCUCUCGUUCA